GCCGUUAUGUUUGUAGUACCGAACACAGGAAGUGGACUGUUUUUUCUUCGCUGUGUCCUUGUUAGCUAGCAAGCUAGUUAGCUGACAUUAGAGACAAGCCAAUGUGUACCAUGUGGAAAGAUGAGUUAAACGGCGCCUAAAGAAUCCUUAGGAAAGACACUGACGUUUAGCUGUUGUAAAUAGAACCAUGUUACGUAUCGGGAAAAAGGCCACCUGCGUGGCCUGCAAGAGCCUGGUCUCAACCAAUAUGGGGAUAAGGUUCCGGGUCCCAUUGCAAAAGCUCCACCCUCUGUCCCGUGCCAUCCAUCACCGCUACUGUGGCAACACUAACCCUCAGCGAACGCCUCAUCGCACAGCAUCAGCUCGGUACUUUACUUCAAUUUCUCGAUUACCGAUGCGGCCUCCAAAGCCGAAUAAAGGGUCAGGCUGGCAGAACUACCAACAACAGCGCAACUUUUGGGUGGCUCGCCUCGCUGCUCGACUGUUAAAGCUCAGAUACAUUCUGCUUGGUUCAGCGGUGGGAGGAGGGUACACGGCUAAGAAGACAUAUGAUGAAUGGAAAGACAUGCUACCUGACUUUAGUGAAUAUAACUGGGUCAUUCCUGAUUUUGUGUGGGAACUAAGUGAACAGAUUGAUCUUGACAAACUGGCCAAAGCUCUUCCAGAAAUGGAAGAAAUUGCCAAACUGCUUCCAGACUUUGAUAAAAUUGGAGAGAACUUCACCUUUCUGAAAAGCCUCCUCUCUUCUGGUUUGAGUUUGGGUAGUGAAGUCAAAGGAGCCUCUGGUGUGCAUCUUUUGUUAGAAACUUCAAGUAAUCCUGCUCUAAAAGCUACAGAUGCUUCAACCGCAGCCUCCCAUGAUGGUGACAAGCAGUACAAAAAGCAGGGUCUGCUCGGCGAGCUCAUUCUUAUUCAGCAGCAGAUCCAGCAGCACGAGGAGGAGGUCCGGCGGGCCGCUGCUACCAAUAGUGCGCGGCCCCCAUCACCAGAGUCGACUCCCAGUGCGUCUCCAAGCCCCCCUCAACUGAAUCGCAAGUCAUCAGACAGAGAAAAGAUCGACCAGCUUCAAGAAGAGCUGCUGCGCACUCAGCUAAAGUAUCAGCGCAUGCUUGAGAGGCUCGAGAAGGAAAAUAAGGAGUUAAGGAAAGUGGUUCUGCAGAAAGAUGAUAAAGGGAUUCACCAAAGGAAAGUAAAGAAGUCUCUCAUUGACCUGUAUUCAGAAGUCCUCGACAUCUUGUCUGACUAUGAUGCCAACUACAACACUCAGGACCAUUUGCCCCGGGUGGUCGUGGUUGGAGAUCAGAGCGCCGGGAAGACCAGCGUGCUCGAGAUGAUUGCUCAGGCCAGGAUCUUCCCCAGAGGCUCUGGAGAAAUGAUGACACGCUCUCCUGUUAAGGUGACUCUAAGCGAAGGCCCUCAUCACGUUGCCAUUUUCAAAGACAGUGGCCGAGAGUUCGACCUCACUAAAGAGGAAGAUCUGGCUGCCCUGAGGCAUGAGAUUGAGCUGAGGAUGAGGAAGAGCGUGAAGGAGGGGCAGACAGUCAGCUCUGAGACAAUAUCCUUGAGUGUUAAGGGCCCGGGCAUCCAGAGGAUGGUGCUUGUCGACUUACCAGGUGUCAUUAGUACGGUAACAGCGGGCAUGGCAUCAGAUACUAAGGAUACCAUUUUUAGCAUCAGCAAGGCCUAUAUGCAAAAUCCCAACGCUAUCAUUCUCUGUAUUCAGGAUGGCAGUGUGGAUGCAGAGCGGAGCAUUGUAACAGACUUGGUGAGCCAGAUGGACCCUCAGGGGAAGAGGACCAUCUUUGUUCUCACCAAAGUUGAUUUGGCUGAAAAGAAUCUGGCCAGUCCCAGCAGAAUCCAGCAAAUAGUGGAAGGCAAGCUGUUCCCCAUGAAAGCCCUCGGCUAUUUUGCUGUGGUGACCGGAAAAGGGAGCAGUGGUGACCGCAUAGAGUCCAUAAAAGACUACGAAGAAGACUUUUUCCAGAAUUCCAGAUUGUUAAGGGAUGGCAUGUUAAAAGCUCAUCAAGUGACCACAAAGAACUUGAGCCUGGCCGUUUCUGAUUGCUUCUGGAAGAUGGUCAGGGAGUCUGUGGAGCAGCAAGCUGAUGUCUUCAAAGCAUCACGAUUCAACCUGGAGACGGAGUGGAAAAACAAUUAUCCUCGACUGAGAGAACUUGACCGAAAUGAACUCUUCGAAAAGGCAAAAAAUGAAAUCUUGGAUGAAGUCAUUAGCUUAAGUCAAGUCACCCCACAACACUGGGAAGCUAUUCUACAGAAGAAGCUGUGGGAGCGCGUGUCUACGCAUGUCAUCGAGAACAUUUAUCUACCUGCUGCCCAAACAAUGGACUCUGGUACCUUUAAUACCACCGUGGACAUAAAACUCAAACAGUGGACUGACAAGCAGCUUCCACACAAAGCGCUUGAGGUUGCCUGGGAAACAUUGCAGGAGGAAUUUGCCCGUUUCAUGGCUGAAUACAAAGGCAAAGACCAGGAUGACAUUUUUGACAAGUUGAAGGAGGCUGUGAAAGACGAGAGCAUCAAGAGGCAUAAAUGGAACGAAAGAGCCCUGGACAGCCUGAGGGUGAUCCAGCACAACGCUCUGGAAGACCGCUCCAUCACAGACAAGCCUCAGUGGGAUGCAGCCAUCCAGUUCAUGGAGGAAACUUUGCAGUCCCGCCUCAGAGACACUGAGUCAGUAAUCAAAGACAUGGUUGGCCCAGACUGGAAACAGAGAUGGAUAAACUGGAAGAAUCGAACACCAGAUCAGCACAUCCGUAAUGAAACCAAAAAUGAGCUGGAUCGCUUGUUGAAGCUGCAUGAUGACCACACAGCAUAUUUGGCCAAUGAUGAAGUCACAACAGUCAGGAAGAACCUGGAGGGACGAGGAGUAGAGGUGGACCCAGUGCUGAUCAAGGAUACGUGGCAUCAGCUGUAUCGCCGACACUUUUUGCACAAGGCAUUAAGUCACUGCAACCUCUGCAAGAGAGGUUUCUAUUACUACCAGAGACACUUUGUUGAUUCAGAGCUGGAGUGCAAUGACGUGGUUCUGUUCUGGAGGAUCCAGAGGAUGCUGAUUAUUACAGCCAACACUCUCCGACAGCAGCUGACCAACACAGAGGUGCGGCGGUUGGAGAAAAAUGUGAAGGAGGUCUUGGAUGACUUUGGAGAAGACACAGAGAAAAAGACCCAGCUCAUCACGGGCCGCAGAGUCCAGCUGGCUGAAGAUCUCAAGAAAGUUCGUGAGAUCCAGGAGAAACUUGAAGCUUUCAUAGAAGCACUUCACAAGGAGAAAUGACAGACCGGUGGAGGAAUGGACUGAACAAAGAAACACCUCUGUAAAUGACUGUCGCUGCCCCGUGGCCCUGCCUCAGCCCUCAUCUCUGUCUUGGCUUCUUCUUCAUCGUUUGGCACUGAUGAAGUGAUGGACCUGAGCUUCGGCAUGAGGAGGAGGAGGAGCAGCUUCCUGGCUUUCUCUCUCAUUUCAUUCUCCAGUGGGUUUUUUUUUUUUUUUUGGAAGGAGACAGGAAAUUCAGGCAGUUUAUUGGGAAAACCGAAAGCUCCUAUAGUGUUAUCAUCUGAGCUCUUGUUCAAAAUAAAUAAGGAUGGUGUUCAUGUCCACCUUCCCAUUCAUUAUUACAAUUCAACCAUCUUUCUGCUGUUUUACGCUGAUGUCACCGCACACGUUUCUGCAUUCACUGAUCUUUGCACUAAACCAGUUUUCAUUGUUGCUUCCAGUCAAACCUUCAUUCUGCCAGUUUUGAACAUAGCAGUUUAUCCAAUCCUGAUAACAGAAGUUGAACUGUUAUCACACAAGAACUAUCCCACAGUUUUGGUUCUCCAGCCAGUCUGCAUGAAUCCAUUCAUUUUAGUUCGAAGGCUGAGUUUAAUGUUAAACAUUAAACUGAGAAACUCUGGUUAUAAGGAGGAGCAGUGAAAAUGAUCAGCUCUGUUUUUGAGGUAAAAAAAACUCUUCAAAUGUAAAAAUUAAAGGUUUUUCAUCCGCCAAAUCUUUCUGUUUUUGUUCUGGUUUAUCUAACAAAAUGCUGCAAAGGUUUCAGGUGUUUAAUUUAGAAACAUUCAUUCGGUGAUAGAUUUUUAAAAGGAAUUUAGGCCAAAAAAAGUUUUAAGCGAGUUGAAAUGAGAAAGCUACUUCUUCGUCAUGUGGAGUUUGGUUCUAAUGAUGGUUAAGAUCCAGUCUGUCAGUGAUUGCAGUUGCUCCUGAGUGAAGAUUAUCUUCCUCCAAAGUGUUUCAUUACUUCAAAUAGAAAUGUUUUAUUCGUGUGUGUGUACAUUACACAGGCGCACUUCCUGUUUUCUGUGAGUAAAUGGAAGCUCAGACACAGUAACCUGUCUGUUGUCUUGGAAGUCCAUAAAAUAUCCACAUUUGUAAACUC